AUGGGAGCGCCGUCGUUACCAUCGGUGCUGCCACUGGCACGACAUUUCCCUCAGUGGAGCCGAACUGCGAUACUCACUAUUACCAAUGGAACUUCAGAAACUGAUGAGCUCAAGAAAUCGUCUCCGGAAUCUACGACCAGCGGGUUGUUUAUAACAGGUGAUGCAGCUGCCCGCGUGGUUCACCUCGAACAUAGUGUACGCUUCCUACAAGAACAACACAGACUGAUGCUGAGCGGACUACACGCGGAGAUUGAGGCUUUGAGAGAGAGAAACAGAGACUUGCAAUUCCAAUUAAUAUUCAACAAGGAGACUCCGAAGAACACUACAGCCGUCGAGGACGAGAGUAAUGAGGAGCGUCUUCGUAAGGAGGUGAGUCGGUUGGAGCGGGAGGCGAGUGUGGCGCGGGGGGAGGCGCGCGCGGCCGGCGUCAGGGAGAUACAGCUGCAGAGGAUGCUUGAUGAGCAGACCGAAAAGCUGCGUGAGCUGGAACUGCGUCAGGCGGGAGGGGUGUCCUCGGCGGGCGGGGCAGGGGCAGGGGAGGAGGAGAGCCGCGCCGAGCUGCGCGUGCGGCUGGCGGAGGCCGAGCGGCUGGUGCGGCGGCUGCGGGCGGACGCGGAGCGGCAGCGGAGAGAGGUACUCGGGGGCGCGGGCGUCACCAACCUACUGUUCGACGGCGCGGCAGCGCGACACGCGCACGUACGUUACCAGCGGGGAAUGACACCUCACCGCCUCACCUCGCUACUGCGCUCUUGGUUCCUUGCUCAUGAAACAACAGCCGCAGUAGCGUCUGCCGGCGCGGACGGGACGGUCCUCCAGUGUAUGAAGAACUCUCUUCACGCGAGUCUGCGCGCCAGCGGCCUGGACGCCUUAGGUUACCAGAACACUUACGCCUUCCCACCUGUAUAUGGAGAGUUUUGGAGAGAACCGCUUAGAGAAGAGUACAGCAUGGGAUCAAGAAAUAGAAAUAACAGAAGACCGCUGACGCUUCCAGAACUAAACUCAGCUGCACGAUCGACAGUGUAUGCUAAUAAUCACACGCGCGUUCGAGGUUACGGUUACGACAAAAAUAAAAAGAGCCAACCAACAAAUGGAGAAACAACAAACGGAAAGAAUCCCGAAGAUCCGGCGGCAUCGGAAGUAUCACAAUUAAAAUCAAUAAAGAACGAUAAUUUAAAUAGAACGAAAACGACUGAGCCAUUGUCCACAUACCCCGAGUUGAAAAUAGUGGUAACUAAAUUAAUACAUCACACCGACGUGAGCGCGGGCGAGUCUCGGUCGCGGCGUCGCACGCACCGCAAACACUCGGACCACACGUAG